CGUUUUAAAACCAUACUUCGGAUCUUUUCAUCUGUUCCAUUUCCAUACGGUAUUGCAUUUCUACGGAAGCUGCUGCUGAGUGAUAAUGCGAGUAUUAAGACAAUAUGGUUGUAAACAAUACGAUGAAGGCACCUGAAGGUUCCGGUUGACACCCGGACACAAACAAACGGGAGCACAAACUGAAAGGAGUGGGUUUGCGGGUUUGCUGCAGAUUCACUGAGUGUCCCCGUCUCCUAUGGAUUCACUCAACACGUUUGAAUCUGAGAUGGAGGCUGAUGGGCAGGGGAGCUACUCUCUGUUUCCUGCGCUGGACAGCAUUGCAAGUCUAUCUGGGGCCGCUGAGACUCUGGAGAGCGAACCGCCCAGUGACAUUGCAGAGAAGCCAAACCUCACAUGGCUCGACGCUGCACAGAUUGUAUUGGAAGAAGCGGGACGUCCUAUGCACAUAAAGGAGAUCAAACAGAGAAUCAUCGACAGGGGACUUGUUCAAUCCAACGCAAAGUCCAGUCUGGAGGCAGUCAUGUACCGCGAGACACAAAAAGGCAGCAGGAGAUUCAAGAGGAUUGAGAACAGAAACGGAGUCUUUGCACUGCUGACGGACGAGGAGAGGCAGCAGGCUCUGCAGGCCUACACUGCGCAGUCUUUCCUCGGCUCUCCGCAGCACAACACCCUCUCCAGUUCUGGAUCAGGGGCCUCGGCACACGCCUUCCCAUCCCCCACCAGUUCCUCAGAGCACAGGAGCAAUAUGAAGAGGGGUCCACGGAAAAAACUAAAUGAAAAGUACCGACUCAAGUACCUCAGACUGCGUAAAGCAGCUCGCGCCAUGAUAUUUGAGAAUGCAGCCCUCUGUGACGAAGUCGCCCAUUUAGAAGAGUAGUUCCUAAGAGCUAAGGAGGAACGGAGGUGAG